ACGCAUAAUUAAAAAUCGUGUGAGCGACCAACGUACCCGCGGUUUGAGUGCUGGCCAACCAGUUUCUCAGCACACGCCAACCAGGUAGGACGUUUGUGUCGCGCGGCGUCAAUCCACAAAAACGCCUAGGCUUGCGCGUAGCAUGUAUUUCCGGCAGGUACGGACUACGGUGUGAUCCUUCCGGAGCCUGCAGCAGCAUUACUUUUCAUUUCCGCAACCAGUGUGUCCCAGGGUGAUGGAUACAAAAAUCUUCCCACGCCCGAAUGUGUUCCAGUGUGUGUGUGUGUGUCUGUAUCUGAGUGCGGAUCAGAUCGGUGUCCAGUGCAACAUCCCGUAAUGCCAGUUUCUUCCCUUCUCGUUCGCAUUCCAAUGCGCUAAGUGCUGGUUGCUAGUGAUGCUGAUGCUGAUGAUCACGAUGAUGAUGAUGAUGAUGAUGUUUCGGAUGUGAGGUGGUAUUGGUUAUUGUUUUAGCCGAGAAAAGCGUCGUGCGCUACGAAAAUCGAAGAAGAAAAUUAAUUGAAAGCCCAACCUGUGCACGGCCAAGAAGUCAUUCACGAAGUCGGGGUUUCUGUGUGUGUGUGUGUGUGUGCGUUUAUGUUGUGUUGGCCAGUAAGCAGUGUACGUGUGAGUGUGUGUAUGUGUAUGUGCGCAUUGUUUCAACGACGACCACCCAGGUGAAAACAACAUGAAGCAAAAUGCCGUUCGUGAAGCGUGUCGUAACCCCAAAGUACAUCGCCCGCUCGUCCAAGUUGGCAUUGCAGCCGUACGCGGCCGCCCCGACCAUCCCGGUGGCGGACAAUGAGUUCGAAGCGCUGACCAACGUCACGCUUAGUAACGCCCUACGCCAGCUCGCAUCACUCGUGUACAUCUCGAACCAGAUCUUUACCGAGCUGCACGAGGAGCUGUCCAGCGUCAAUGAGCGAUCCCUCGGCAUCAAGCAACGUAUCGACCGGCUGUCCCAGAAGGUGGAACAGUUCGACCCGAAGCAGGUCACAGUCCCGGAAAGUGACCUCGAUACGUUCGUGCAAAUUAAGCAGCACUACACGACGAAGUACCAUGUGGACACGGCCCUGUUCACCGUGGCCAGCCGGUCCGACACGGUGCGGGAGCUGUACGAGGCGGCCGCCAAAACGCCCGUCGCGACGAUCGCCGAGAUGGACCGGAUCAUGGGCAACAUUGCCGGCAACAGCACGGAGGCGUUCAUCUGCACCCCGGUGUUGAGCCGGCAGCGGCGCAACGCCCGUGCCCACAACGUCGACAUGGACAUCGAAGUCAGUCUGCCUACCGCCGUACAAGACCUGCGAAAAUGGACCUCGUCCGAGGCGAUCGGCGACGUCACCACCGGUGUCGCGUGCUCCGUAAAGAUCGCGUCCAACAGUAUCACAAACAGUUCCGUCCUGCCGAACAUACCCGAAGCGUGUACGACACCGUCCGACCUUACCGACGCUCCGACCACAUCCAAUAUGGCCGCCGACGAUACGGAUAUCGAUGCCAUCACGACGCUGGCGGAAACGGUCGCAAGCAACAGCAGUGGCGAUGAUCGAGUCGAUCACCUGCUGCCAUCCCCAGCAGAGCAAUGCCGUAUUCUAGCCUCCAAGUUCCCAGCGGAAACGAUCAAAAUUGAUACUUCAGGACGGGCGUUCGAUCGUAUGUCGUCGACACGGAAGUCGCUGGUGUGCUACACGACGACACGCCCCAAGAAGGAUGAUGGCAAGCCGGAAGAGGAUACGGUUAGGCGGCGGUCCCGGUUACGGCGACCACGGGGCAAAAGACGCAACACGAUCGCAAGCUCUGAUCAGCGGGAAAUCGUCGAGGUUAUCAACAAGGGCGAACCGGACAGCGGUACCGCCGUGGACGAGCAUCCGGUGUGCGAUUUCGGUGAGCUAAUGCCAGCGAUCCGCAGCAAGUCGGGCGAUCUGCUGCGCAAGGAACCGUCCUUCUCGGCCGAGUUUGCCAAGAGCUUCAACAAGAUGUCCCACUUCAACUCGCUGAAGCAGUGGGGCAUGAACCGGCUGCGGAUGAUAAACCGCGAGUCGGCGAGCCACCGCGACAAGGAUCAGGACAUUGACGACUUCAAUAUCCACGAUACCACGCUCGCGCGUCAGCCCAGCCUCGGUGGAAGCCGGCGCCGGGGCUCCGACCGGGAGAAGCGCCUUUCGCACGAUCGAAAGCCGUCUUACUCAUCGUCGGAGCGCAGCUCGACCGGCAUCCUUGGCGGCACCACGACGUACCUGCCCGCCUCCAUCAACCCGGUCAAGUUGAGGGAAACGUCCACGAUAAGGCGGCAGCGUCGUACGGCGCUGGGCAACAGGGAUGAGCCACACUCGUCGAGCGGUAACUGGAGCGCCAGCUCGGAAUCCGGCAGGACAUCGAUCGGUAGCGAGAUCACGACGACCAACACGCACCCGAAAUCGAGUGCUUCGAGUACUUCGUUGAACCAUAGCAAUCCUAUCAGCUCGAGUGCACCACCCAGCUCGAUCGUUAGCAGACGACGGUUCUUUAACACGUCGGCAUCGAGCAGUGUCACAAGCGAGGGCACGAUCACUCCCGAUCUGCAGACGUUCGAUUAUCACGAUGAGGGUGGCGAGACUAGCUCGGUGUAUUCUUGUGACACGGAAGGCUACUACACUUCGUUCCACGUGGACUCCGGGCUGAAGACGCUUAAGGAGGAAGAACCCAUGACACCGCUGCAAUCGACAACGGCACUGUCUAGCAUCACGUCGUUCUCGAGCUCGGGUAACACAACCGUUGUGUCGCAGGACACGGAUUAUGAUGUGUACGGGAAGGGAUCAACGUCAACGACAACCAGCUCGGCGGGCACGAUAUGUACGGUGCUGGCCGAAGGGGAUAAGAACGUUAGUGCAAGUGCCUCCAACUUACCCAAGAUCCCCGAGCGUAAGAGUUCCCUGACGAAGCUAAAUCGUAGCAAUAGUACAGCCAGUAAUGGAACGCUGGAACGUAGCUACUCGAGUAGUACGCUUGGCAGUACGCUGGACAGUACCGGUACGAUCAAGCGCAACGGUGUCCUGAUCCAGAAGGAGGUGCUCAAGAUACUUCGACAGGAGAACAACAACCGUCUCGAUGUGGCCGAUGGAAACGCACCAAAGGUAGCUGGGGCCGAGCAGCAACCGCCGCCGGGUGGAACGGUGUCCAGCGAGAGCAACAAGCUACUACCACCCACUGCCGAGCCCGAACACUCCGAAUCGUCCGAUGUGGAGUGUGUGGAGCGUACUGAAAGACUGAAAGUGAAGACAACCAUCAACACGAGCCGCAUUCCUUCCAUGUGCAUCAUCACCCCAACGAACAGUGACGAUGAGCAGCCUCAGCAUCAGACUUCCGGCACUUCCGGUGCGAAGUCGACGCACAGUAAGUCGACAGACAAGGGUAGCGGCAACAAGCGACGACCCUCGCUAACGGAGUCGGUCUCGUUCGAGUUGAAGAAACCGAAAGAUUUCCGCAAACACUCGCUCCUUCCGCUGAACAACGUGUUCGAUAGGAUUAAGGGUGCAUUGCCACAUUUGAAAAAAUCGCCCACCAAGGAAGAUUGUACCGGUGGGUUCGCGUCCUCGAAGCAGCUGGCCGGAACGGGUACCCUUCGGCCGGAGGAAGGAAUGGGCGAGGGUGAAUACGUCGAGAUUUCCAAGGGUCGUAAAACCCCGAACGAGCUAACCGUGCGCCGCAAUUUGGCAACGGUACUGUCCGGUAAUUUGAACGAAGAGACCGAGUACGUGUCACUGAACGAGCUGCCCUGCAACAUUAAGUGCGAGAGCGCCAACUUCCUGGCGCUGGAUGGCGAGAAAUCCGUCACCGAGAGCGCUGGGGAAGCUGGCUCGCUGCAACAAUCGGGUCAAGAUGGCGCCGGAAGCAGCACGGGUGCAGCGGCGGGUGCGGCCGGGAGCGGUUCGCGGUACGCUGCGCUGAAGGGUGCUGCGCGUGUGAAGCUGGAUGCGAACGGGCGAGUAAUUUUCUCAUCUGACAGCUUGAAGCGUCGGAAGGGUGCCCACACAACGUUCGCUCCCGGACCAUGCGUAAAGGAUGUGUCGUCACGCGAAGCGCAAUGUAAACAACCGCACGUUGUACUACAGCAUCCACAGCAGCAGCAGCAGCAGCAGCAGCAGUACGCAGGUGGCAAUGGUGGCGGAACAGUCAGUACAACGAACCCAGUAGAACCUGGUGGUGGUGACGGUACAGCAACAGCAGUUCUUCCCACGGUGCGACAGUUAAAGCGUCCGCUCGUUUCCGCACGGUACGGUUCACCGCGGAUCGGUCCGUCACCGAUCCUGGGUCCCGGUGGUGUGUUGCUGGAACCACCGAAGAAAACACUAGUGGCCACGAUUCUCCCCAACAGUGCCAAACAGCCACCCGUCCAGCCACCGCUCCGACGGGAGGCCCGUGAACUGGCCAACAUGCACUCCUUCUCCCCGUACGGUGCCGAUGUGGCCUAUAGCGGUGCCUCAUACUACGGUGCUACACCGAUUGCAGCCCAUCAGGCGCCCAUCGCCGCUGGAGCAGCAGCAGCAGCAUCAGCAACAGUAGGCCAUGCUAAACUGUAUCCCGAAGGUGCACACUCACUGGACCGUUCUAGCAUACGGAACUGGUAUCCGGACAAGCUAACCGUCCAGCGAAAUCUUGCCACACUGCCUACCCGGCCGGACUAUGCGAGAACGUACCGGGCGGGCGGUCAGGAUUACGAACCACCCCGGGCACUGCAGACGGGAAGCUUCGCCAGUCCGCCGGCCAGUCCGCUCGUGCCGGAUACGCCCGAUCCGAACAGUCUGUACGCGAUCCCUAACAAACUGAAACCAUCCCCGCUUGCCGUGGGCCGGAGUGUCGUGCCGAAGCCGGUGGAUCGCAGUCUGCGGACGAUACUGGCCGAGCAGAGUGAGCUGUCGCCGAUCAAACCUUGCCAAACGAACCCGUUCCGUACGUCCACCCCGUCGAAGGAGGAUGAUGUGAUCGGCCCCGCACACCAGCGACUACUUUCCACCAACGCCACGAACGUUCGAUCGCUUGGGAACUCGCCGGUGCAUUCGGGUCGCUCGACACCGCGCGAGAUGCUGGAACCACAGACACCACGGGGCCGCCAUAGUUGGGCGUCGAACAGUGUCGAGGUGCCGAAGACUUGCUCCGAUCGGCUGGGCACACCGAAGACGAGCCUGAUGGAUUUCAAGAAGCUGCUGCUUGCCCACGGCACCAAGUCACACGCCAGCCCGGGCUCCAAAAUGUCGGCCGUGGAGCUGCUGAAGAAGAGCAAGGAAACGGCCGCAACGCGCCCGAAGGAACAACCGAGCUCGCCGGCCAGCAGCAUGGCGAUCCUCGAUAUGUCCGCCUCGCCGAAAAUGUACAGCUUCCGGCGGAUGGCCCAGCAGGGCGGGUACGGUGGCUCACCGACGAAGGGGGCCGGCGGGAAGGGUGGCGGUGGUUCGCGAUCGAACUGGCGCUACAACAAUAUGCGCACGGGCGUUAUCUCCACCGCCAUCCCGGAAGCGAACAGUGAGGAAGACAUGCUGCCAGCAACUUCGACCGUUCGCCAGGAAGCGGUUGUCCCACCACCGGAACACGUGGUCGACGAGGAACCGAUCAGUACUAGCUUUAAGGAGAACAUUUUCCUCAAAGAGGACGAAAACAAUUUCAUGCGCGGCGAGGUGCCACGGUUGGCCAAAUCGUUUGCCGAUUCUGCGCGCGUUAGUGGUGGUGGUGGUGGUGGUGGUGGUGGUAAGCUGGUGAAGGACAUGGCCGCCAAACUGAUGGCCCGGGACCAAGCUACGGGCGCGGAAUCGGCGUCGGCAGCCCUCGAGACGGCGCUCUAAACGAGGGACAAAUAGAGAGAGAGAGAGUGAGCCUUGUUUAGAGGCUUCUAUUGUAGCUUGUUAAGAUUUCCCUGCUGACCGACCUAUCCGGGACCUUUCUGCAAAUCCGUGCUUUAGGUAGCUUAAAUAUUUGUACGACUCUUUUUGUCCCCUCUCUGUUUUAGAGUGCGUGUAUUUAUCCUAAUUUAUUCUAAUUUAUUUCACAUUUUUAUGGGUUUUUUUUUUGUUCGAAACUGUUGUUUAGAUAUUUAUUCAGGCAGCUUGGCAAAGCACGGAAGCUUCUCGCUUUCUAUUGUACGAAAAUUGCUUUGUUUUAAAUUUUGAAACUCCAUCUUUCGCUUCUGUUUUAUGAUGCUCUAACUUCCUAAAGAAACGUACGAUCGGGUGCUUAUAAGAUCGAGAAGGCGAGAGGCUGCUUGAAGACUUGCGCUUGAACCUUCCUUUGCAAGCGGUGAUAGAGAGAGAGUCUCUCGAUCGAUGAAGCAAUAGGCGUUGAAAGAUUUCGUUAAGCAAGCGAUAAAUUUACACCUAAAAAUUAAGAUUGUAAGCGACGAUUAGGGAUUGUAAGCAGCUGAAAUUGGCCCAAUCUUGCUCUAGUUCUAGUGUCGCCAAAUUCGAAAAGCAUCUUCCAUUGUCCAAAUUAAAUCAAACCUCCAUUUCGCUUCGAAGCUGGAACAAGUAUUACAGCAACAGCAAAAACUCCGGCAAAAGAGGCGCACCUUCGCUGUAGUUUUCAUAUCAAGGCUAUUUUAGCAUCUAAGGCUUAUCGUAUGCAUUUACAAAAAAAAAAAAAAACACCCGAAAUAUCAAUUGCCGCCCUCCCGUGUUUAGGUUUGGUGUGUAUCCCCGUACCUUUGUUUGUUGCAAAGGUCGGCAACGAAUGGGGCGGCGACAUCCAGUGGGAAAUCGAGUCCAAAAAAAA